AUGACCUUUGAUAUGCCGAGAGGAAGGCCUUGGGACUAUCUAACCUUGUGGGCAGAAAAGUAUGGCCCAAUCGUCCAUUAUCGGGUGGGCCUACAACACUUCAUAGUUGUCAGUGACCCAGCAAUUGUGAGAGAGUUGCUAGAUAAAAGAUCCUCCAAUUACACAUCACGGCCACCGUCUCAGGUGGGAGACUUGGUCAGCGGCGGUAUGAGGAUCGUUCUUAUGCCAUACGGAAACCGUUGGCGGAGGUUUCGCCGCAUAUUUGCCAACGUGCUGACAGAGCGGAAAUGCGACACUUACCUCCCGAUUCAGCAGAACGAGGCCUUGCUCACUCUCUCGAGACUGGCAGAAGACCCCAAACUCAUGGCCGAGGAAAUCCACCGAUAUUCGCUAUCUGUGGCUCGGAGUAUCGCAUUUGGGACACGAGUCAAGACCACCACAGAUCCAUUUGCUGUACAGGUCAAGACGUUAAUGGAGCAGUUUGCCGAUGCAAUGACGCCAGGAAAGUAUCUCUUUGAGUCCAUCCCGAGCCUUCGACGUCUACCUCGAUUUAUGCAGCCAUGGCUCAUGGAACUCGAGAGGAUUCGUGAUUACGAGCACGAAUUCUGCCUGUUGAACUAUCGCAACGCCUUGGAAGACUCAAAGAAACGUCAAAACAGCCCUUGUAUUGCUGUCGACAUGCGCGAACACGUGAAGCACGAACCGGAUGUGGAUGAGGCACAGGCUGCGGCUACAUGUAUGGAAAUACUGGGUGCAGGGUCCGAUACCACAGCCAAUUCCUUGCUCUUCGUCGUCAUGGGUCUGCUGCUCAACAAAGAGGUUCAGGCCAAGGCGCACGAAGAACUUGACCGUAUAGUCGGGCCAAACAGGCUUCCUACAUGGGAGGACGAGCCAAAGCUGCCAUAUGUGAGGGCCAUUAUAAAGGAACAACACAGGUGGAGGACAAUCGCGCCGAUGAGUUUUGCCCAUUGGUCAGAAAAAGAGGAUGUGCUGAAUGGAUACCGUAUCCCUAAAGGUGCCGUCGUACGCAUCAAUACAUGGGCCAUGCACGAGAACCCUGAACGAUACUCGGACCCCGAUUCUUUUCGACCCGAGCGGUUUCUAGAUCAUCCACUGUCAGCUGCUGCUUAUGCUAAUUCUUCCAACGUCGCUGCGCGAGAUCAUUUCUCUUACGGAGGCGGCAAACGGAUCUGUGUGGGCAUGCACCUGGCUGAACGAAGCUUGUUCACAAUGACGAGCAGAUUUCUCCAUAUUUUCAACGUUCAGCAGGCAGUUGAUGCGCAAGGUCGACCCAUCCCAGUGGAUCCUAGAAAUGUUCGCACAGGAUUGAUCAUGGCUCCAGAGCCGUUCAAGGCCCAUUUCGCAUAUCGCAACGAUAGUAUGAAGGAGUUACUACAAAGGGAGUUCAAGGAGAAUGUUGAAAACGUGGGAGAUAGUUGGUGGAGCUGA